AUGGCUACCGCAGGCAAAGGAAAGCCGGAGGGCCUCCUAGGUCUCACUCAAAGUGAAGCCCGACUCCUGCUCCUUGGCGUUCUUUACACAGACGGCACCGGCAAGGUCGAUUUCGAGAAGUUGGCCAUUAAAGCGCCUUACAAGAACGUGUCUUCCGCUUCUAGCUCGUACCGCCAGGCUAAGAGACGUUUCCUCCUUGCCAACGGCGUUGCAGAGCCCAGUUCAGCCAGUGCCCAGAUCACUCCGCCCAAGAAAGCCCCCGCGAAGAGAAAGAGUGCUGCUGCUACCCCUGCCCCUGUCGACACUGACGCUGUGAGAGGCAACGAUGACGAUUUCGUUCCAGAGCGCGAGGAGCCUGUGUCUCCGACUCCGACCCCCAAGCCAAAGCGCCAGCGCAAGACGGCGUCCAAGGUGCAGCCGCAGGUUAUUAUCAACAACGAUCCUGAAAGGGAGCAAGACACCUACACCACUCCAACCAAGCCCGAGCAAAAGCAACUCGAGGCGGAACUCGCCAAUUCCCUCAAAUUCGAGAGCCCCUUCGCCACAAGACUCGAGGCCUGGAGAGCCGAAGAGCGACAAAUCAUGGCUGACAUCAACGUGGACGCCGAGUUUGAGGAAAUGGAGCGCAACAGGGAGUUGGCUGAAACCAUGAGUGACAGUGCGUGGCUCGCUUCUCUUCCUGAUACUUGA